AACUCAGUCUGCCCUCAAACUCCAAAGGGUAACAGAUAGUGGGCAACAAAAAGCUAAACACAGCCCCUGUUUUUCCUUAUCCUUGGCUCCUUCACAGCUCUCGCUUUCUGGUUCUGUUUCUCUAGUGUAUUGUGAAUCCUGUGCUGGAAUCGAGAUCCUCUCUUUUCCCUUCUUUUUUGAUGGGUUCCUCCGAUCGUUUAUUCCGCGGGCAGCGAACUCUUCACGAACUGAUCGGCGGCGGUCUUGUUGCAGAUGUAAUUCUAUGGAGGCAAAGGAAUCUAACUGUGGGGAUAUUGUUACUUAUGCUGGCAACUUGGCUGGUGUUUGGGAGAUGUGGUUACACCCUUUUGUCUUUAAUUUCCAGUGUUCUUCUUCUUCUUGUUACCAUUAUCUUUAUCUGGGCAAAAUCUGCAUCCAUUCUCAAUAGACCAGCGCCGCCUCUUCCUGAGUUGCAUCUCUCAGAAGAUAUGGUAAACGAAGCUGCGAGUUUCGUUCGUUCCCAUGUGAAUACUUUGCUGUCUGUUUCACAAGAUAUAGCAAUGGGAAAAGACCCCAAAUUGUUCUUCAAAGUAGCUGCUUGCCUAUGGCUGAUUUCAGUUAUCAGUGGCUUGACUGAUCUUCUCACAUUGGUUUACACCAGCCUUUUACUCGUGCUAACGGUUCCCGCAUUGUACGAGAAGUAUGAAGAGUAUGUAGAUAGGCAUAUCUUAUUGAUCUACAGAAAGUUGCAUCAGUUUUAUGUGAAAUUGGAUGAGAUGCGAGUUCUCACAUACCAACAAUGGAUUUUGGAGAAAGAAAAACUGAGCUCAUAUCACUGAUCUCUCUUGUUCAUUCGUGGCUUCUUCUUCUUGUUUCAUUUUGGAUGUUUUAUGGUGUUUUUUCAACCCACUUCGGCAUGCAGCUCAUCAGUGACAAGCGUGGAGUUUGACAGAAGCGUGAGAGAUGAUUGUACUUUGUUCAUAACAACUUUGUUUUCAUUUUCUCUAAUUCCUGCUAGAGAGAUGUAUUUAAUGAAUUUUGGAUUUUGUUUGCUAUUUGUUUGAUGAUUACAGGCAAGUUGAUAAUAUAUUUAUGUAAUUCUAUCUA